CAGACUCUUAUUGUGAAAUGAGACGGUUGAACUUCCGGGUCGCCGGAUAACGAUCAGCAACUGCUCUUAUCUGAGGGUGAAAAAAGACCGGCCAUAAUGCAAAUGUCUCGGGUGAAUAUCGCUUUAUUUUCAUGUCUGCAUAUUUUGUUGUCUUUGACUUUUCUUCAAGAUGUUGUCGAAGCAGCCAGCGGGAGAGGCUUUGGCGACAACAUCCAUUGGAGGACACUGGAUGAUGGGAAGAAAGAAGCUGAGGCCAGCGGGCUGCCGAUGAUGAUCAUCAUCCACAAGAGCUGGUGUGGAGCCUGCAAAGCACUGAAGCCCAAAUUUGCUGAGUCUAAGGAAAUCUCUGAACUUGCACACAACUUUGUCAUGGUCAACCUGGAGGAUGAGGAGGAGCCAAAGGAUGAAGCUUUCAGUCCCGACGGCGGCUACAUACCUCGGAUUCUUUUUGUUGAUCCCAGUGGCAAAGUCCAUCCUGAAAUCACCAACAAGAAUGGGAAUCCAAACUACAAGUACUUCUACAGCAGUGCAGAACAAGUUGUGUCUGGUAUGAAGGAGGCACAGGAGAAGCUGACGGGUGAUGCCUUCAAGCGGGGUCACACUGGAGAUGAGCUGUGAGGCGGCAGAGCCGGGCAGCAGGCUGUAAGGGCUACACUUCCUCUACCGGAGCUUCACAGCGCCCUCUGAUACUCAUUACUAUUUAUACUCUACGACAUAGUCAGCGGGGGCCGUCUCACUGACCAAACCAAGCUGACCAUCAAAAGGCAGCGGUGCUUGAGUAUUUUUUCCAACAUAACUAUUGAGUUUCCUGUCACAGUCUUUGUUUUAAAACAUCCAUUAUUUGUAAUCUACUGUCUGCCAUGUACUGUACCUAUUGUCUGUAGAGGAUAUAAACAACUCAAGCAAGCCAAGUUAACUGCACAUCUGCAAUAUGCCAAGUUGUUACCACCAAAGUAAAAUGCCUUGUCAUCAGAUGACCAUGAAAUUUUAGUCUUAGCUUCAAGAAGCUUCACUAGUAGAAAAAUAUUAAAUCUCUUCAGUUGAACCACUGGUGGUGUUUUCACCCAAUAGCAGCGAUACAUUACUUCAUAAUUAGUCAAAUACUUUAACACAUACAGUAACGUGCUUCCAGAGAUCCUCUACAGUACAUAGUCUCCGACAGUAUUCACCAUGCACUAGUGGAGAGACUCGCUACUUCUGAUUUCUAUUAUCCAGUCUUUAAAAUAUUAGUUUAUUCAAUUUUCCCGUAACUAGUCAGGCCAUUCUCUACUGUACUUAUUUACCUAUAUUAACAUAAUAGUUUCUGUUCUGAGGUUUGUUUUGCUGCUUGUAAAGUGACACUACUGUUUUUUUGUUUGUUUUUAAGCCAGCCUUGUUGAAGUCUUUCAGUGAGGGAUGGAAACCUUGGUUAAGUCCUGAUGUAUUUUAUACAUGUACACAGCCCAGUGUGCAAAUAAAGUUUGUUGUAUUGAA